AACUCUCUCUCUCAUAUACACACACUCUCUCUCUGUUUCAGUUUCUUUCUCCUACCGUUUCUAUCUAAACGCUUUUAUUAUACAGCUUUCACGUACACAUAACAAACAAAAAAAUAUACGAACAACUAAAAUGAAACUUUCAGCACAAACAAACACACAACAGGAUAUAAACAAUUUCUAUUAAUUUAAUUGAAUUCUCACCAUAGACCAACCCAACACGUUAUCAUGAAGGUCCUUCUAAUAAUCUCCAGCUUGUUCUUAUGUUAUGUGGCAGUGACUUCGGUUAACAAUGCAGAUCAUAGAAAAUGUAACAGGGGCAAAGAAUGCAUAAGUAAAAUCCAAUUUAGAUAUGACAAAUAUCGUUCCGACCGUCUUAAAGCUGAAAAGGGUCAUACAGAAUGUAAAUUGAAAAUAUAUGGAUCAGAUAAGAAAUGUGUAACUGAAAAUCUGAAAUACUGUCCAGAAGCAACAGGAAAAACUCUUGAGACAAGGUGGACAGAUAUGAAGAAAGAUGUCGAUUCUUGUGAUUUUGGGACUCGAAUUACAUUCAGCUUUUCUUUACUUCUUCUGGCACUUUUUGUGUAUGUUGCUGAGAUUUUGUGAAAACCUGUAUUUCAACUUUUUUUUUCUUUUUCACUGCUUUUGCCUUAUUUUUGUUUGACUUAAGCUAUUUCUAAAGCUCAAACCUAAACACAGUAAUCUUGUUAACAACCAUCUUCUCCACCAUUAACCCUUUAGCAUUCAAAUCAGCCUAAUCUCACCUGAAUAUUCUACCUGUUUUAUAUUAAAACCAGCCAGAUCCUGUCUCUCACACUUACCCUAUAAUGCCAUUCUGAAACUAUGCAGUCACUGUCAAAGCUAUGUGAUGAUGCAUAAUUAAUUUAGAACAGAGUAAUUUGAAUGCUAAAGGGGACAAAUGUCUGAUAUACUGAAAAUUUCUUUUUUUUAAACAUAAAUAAACUUUUUUUUUUGGUAAUUCUCUUUAAUCUCUGGAUUAAAUUGGAAAAAAAACUAAAUAUA